AUGGGGGAGGACGUCAGAGGCGCGCACAGCGAAGGGCCACAGAAGCUAGUCCUCUGCGUUCUCUGCGGCUUGCCCGCGGCAGGAAAGUCAACUUUCGCGCUCACCCUCAGACACCGGCUACAGCAGGAGCUGGGCUGGGCGGUGGGCGUCGUCGCCUAUGAUGACGUCAUGCCGGAAGCGGGCCUUGAGGCAAGCGCACGCCCACUGCCAUCCCAGUGGAAAUUGCUUCGCCAGGAACUGUUGAAGUACCUUGAACACUUCUUGCUGGCUGUCAUUAACGGGUGUCAGAUGUCUACCCCACCCAGCAGGACUGAAGCCAUGUGGGAGGAUUUUAUAACCUGCUUGAAGGAUCAAGAUAUGAUAUCUUCUGCAGCUGUUGAGGCCCAGUCUCUCUACCCCUUAACAAAGACUGCUGUGUCUAGACCUCUGCUUUUGAUUUUAGAUGACAACUUUUAUUAUCAAAGUAUGAGAUAUGAAGUCUAUCAGCUGGCUCGGAAAUAUUCAUUAGGCUUUUGCCAGCUCUUUUUAGACUGUGCUCUGGAGACCUGUCUACAGAGGAAUGCCCAGAGACCACGACCACUGCCUGCCGAGACCAUCCACCAGAUGGGAAACAAGAUAGAAAAGCCCAACCCUGAGAAAAAUGCUUGGGAACGCCGCAGCCUCGCAAUUCCGAAUCCAGCAUGUGCUUCGGAGGCCAGGCUGAAGCUGACUGAUUUAUUGAUUACUGCUUUGGAAAAUCCAGUAAAAUACAUGGAGGAGAAUUUGGAACAAAAAGAAACAGACAGACUUAUCUGUUCAACUAACAUUCUUCAUCAAGCUGAUCAGACCCUCCGAAGAAUUGUCUCUCAGACAAUGAAGGAAGCCAAAGAUGAACAGAUGUUUCCCUACAACUUGAAGCUUUUGGCAGAGGAACUUAACAAGCUCAAAGCAGAGUUUUUGGAAGACCUAAGACAAGGAAACAAAAGAUACCUGUGCUUUCAACAAACCAUUGACUUACCAGAUGUUAUUUCUUUUUUCCAUUAUGAGAAAGAUAACAUUGUACAGAAGUAUUUUUCAAAGCAGCAUUAA